AUGAAUUUGUGGUAUAUUCUUCGAGACCCAAAGCCAGCUCGACUAGGACGAAUCAUGCCUUUGGCUAUCGAUCUGUUGCACCCCGAUCCAGAAACUGAGCGUCAGCGCCAUAAGCUGAAACGACUUGUACAGCAUCCUAACAGUUAUUUUAUGGACGUUAAAUGUCCAGGAUGUUUCAAGGUUAGUUUGUGA